AUGCCUGUACAGCUGUCUUUCUCCCCUGAUCCUUGUUUUUCCCUUUCAGAUUUUGGCAGCAUUCAGCAGUCAGAGGACAAGCUGUUGGAGUACUUGGGAGGGGUGAUCUAUGAAGCCCUGGACUGGGGAAUCGACAGCCAAAUGGAGCGAGAACUGAGUGAUCCUUUGGAGAAACUGCUGUGCCUCAUGUUGAAACUGGAUGACAGGCCAACAGAGCCACCAGUCACCCUGCAGGAUGUUAUCAAGGCCUGUGAGGAGCACUUCUCCACACCUUCUGAGGCUACCAGCUAUUAUGAAAUGACCUGUAAGAAUCUGUUUACUGACUAUAUGGAACUACAGAAGCUUGUGACCAUCAUCCAGACCUCCAAAGAAAGACUGAGAAAAAUGGAUGUGGAAGAUUGGGUGGAAAGUCCCAUUCAAAAGAAGAAAACCCAUGGUGCAUGCCUGUUACCCAGUGUGAUCUGUGAGCUGCAGGCUGGCGUGAGGCUGCGCAAGGCCGCGGAGCGACCACGGCGCUGUGUGUCUCCAAAGGAAUGUCAGCGCUCUCCCUACGAGCUGCUUUUGGAUGACAUUCAGCACAAGAGGUACACCCUGCGGAAGGUGACCAUCAAGCAAAAACACAGGACCCCCAAAGCUGAUGUAGCUUCUCUCAAGCCUCACCAAGAGCUGAUGUUGAAGGUGAAGCUGGAACAGUGUGUGCCACAGGAGCCCAGGUGGCAUGAACAGCUCAUGGCAGAACUAAAACAACCACCGAAGCCUUGGGCAGCAGCAGCAGAAGCACAGGAAAAGAGGAGCAGGUCCAAAGAAAUGCUUGUGGUAUCAAAUACUGCCUUGAACUCUCCAAGUGACAAUUUCUUACAUCCCCAAGAUGCCAGUACUGAGUUGGAAAUUGCCAACACUAAAAUGCAGCAGCUGGGAGCAGGAGCUGAGGAAACCACUCCCAAGCUGCCUGCCAGCACCUGCCUUUCCUCCACCAGGCCAUCAGGAGUAUCCAGGAGUAUCAGCACAGGUCUUGCUGCCAAUUGCACUCCUCCCAUGAGUGCACCCCUACCAGGAGACAUUAAGCCUAAGUGUUUCCUGAGCACUAGCCAAUGGCAGCUGCCUCCUUACAGAGGAAGGUCCAAAUCUUUAGAGAGAGGCCUUCAAAGCAAGGAGCUUGGCUGUCCCUUUCCUACCCAGUGGCCAUCACCAACCAUUGCUGAGCUGAUUGGAACCAGAUGUGCAAUGAUGGUGCUUGGAGAGCGAGGCCUCUUCCAAGGAGGUGGUGAUGGUGUCUUGCCAAGAGCAAAGAUCUGUUUCAGCUGCCAUAAGCAGAUGUUUCUUAAGUGGCCUUACAAAUGUUACCUCUGCAGCAGGGUUGUCUGCUGUGACUGCUGCAUUAAGAUGUCCAUGCCCUUCAGAACAUGUGUACAUCUCCCACUUCAUUUCCUAAAAUUUUUGAGACUGUCUGGAGAGGAGGAUCCAGCUACUCAGGAACAGAAGAGCUCCAAGUUGCUACAUGAAAUAGAGCAGCAGCAGUAUUUUGGUGUACCUGUUGUUUUGGAGCCUCGUGGCCUGGCACAGCCCCUGUGCUGUUACACAAGGACCAUGGCAAACUGGCUGACUGCAGACAUCUGUACAUGGUGUGAGCAAUACCUCUUGAAUGUGACUUCUAGUCAACAGCGCAGCAUCCCUCUCAGGAGAUUUUCCUGGGCUUGA